AUGUGCAAGCACGUUUUAAACGCUCAAGUUUCCAUUCGCACAGCUUGUUGUCGUCGCUGGGUUGAUUGCAUUGAAUGCCACGAUGAAGUCGCUGAUCAUCCUUUACUUAGGACUGCGGAAAUGACUUUAAUUUGCAAAAAAUGUCGCAAAGCAUUUCGUGUCUAUUUUGGAGAGGAAAUGGAUGACAGUGAUGAAUUUUGUCCCAACUGUGAUAACCAUUAUGUUGUUAAUGCCAUUACAGAACCACCCAAACCUGCUAAACCUCUUCCAGCAGAAUUGGAUGCCAGAAUGAUUCCUGACGAUAAAGAAUUAGAAGAACUUUUAGACGAUACUACUCAUUUGGGAUAA